AUUCAUUUUGGCUUCUUGUUUAGAGGAGAUAUUUCAGUUGCUCACCCACCAACUCUUUAAUGUGUUCACAGAAUUAUUUGACACCUCAAGCCAGCAACCACCACCACAGAAGCACCUUCAGGAGAAAAGGAGCACGGAAACAUAAAAAUAUGCUGCUAAGAAGCUCUUCAACUCCACUUCUUGGAUCACUCCUUUCUUCCAUCACAGAGAGCCCCAGCAACAACAAUCACUACGAAACCAGCACCCCCAUCAGGCAUUAUCCAUCAACCUCCUUUCACCACAACCACAACAGAAUCUCAUUUCAUCCCUCUCCUGGCUCUCUCCACCUCUCUACUACGGUUUCUUGCGGCUCCUCUCCUAUAUCUCCGUCUGUUGUCCAUCAAUUCUCUGAUUUCGAUCGUCAAGGCUUUCGCCGGGCUCAGUCUGAAGGCAACUUGGAAGGACUUGUCCAUGCUGCUUGCGAUACCAAUGAGGAUUUCUACAAUCACAACCAACCCAAGAAGCUUUCUGCAAGGCACCAGCGCUUGAUGUUGCAAACCAUCCCUUCCUUUUCCUUAUAUAAUUCCAACGCCAGAUGUGAGGAAGAGGAAGAUGAGAGUGAUUUAGAAGAAGAGGAAGAGGAGUUGAAGGAAAAUGAAGAACUAUUGGACAGUGGUGAAGAGAGGGUAACGGCGAUGAAUGGUAACCUUGAAUUCAACGCAUUCCGCAUGGAGAAUAUAUUGUUGAAUGAGGAGGUUAAGGGUAAAAGUUGGAAUGUUGGUUUUGAAGAUGAAGGAGGGUUGGUCGGGGAAAAAAUGUUUCUUGCCAGAGGGCUUAGCACUGAUGGUGGUAGCGCUGGUGGUGUGAGUGGCGGCAGCGGUGGCGGUGGGGGUGGUGAAUUUAAUCCAGCAGGCUCUGGCGGAGAUGGUGCUGACAACCAUGGAGUUGAGGAGCAUUACAGGAGGAUGGUGGAGGAAAAUCCUGGCAACCCCUUGUUUUUGGGGAACUAUGCGCAAUUUUUGUAUCAGUCAAAGAAAGACCUUGAGGCAGCAGAAGAGUAUUACUCUCGAGCCAUCCUAGCAGAUCCAAAAGACGGUGAAACACUGUCACAAUAUGCCAAGUUAGUAUGGGAGCUACAUCAUGACCAAGAAAGAGCUUCAAGCUACUUCGAGCGAGCAGUUCAAGCGUCUCCUCAAGACAGCCACGUUCAUGCAGCAUAUGCUAGUUUUCUGUGGGAAACAGAGGAAGAUGAAGCAGAUGGAUGUGCCGCCCCUAGCGGUAGUGAUCAGCAACUAGCUUGGACACAUAGUGAGGGAAGCGUUGAAGCAAAUUAGAAAAAUCAAAGUGUCUUUGAUUGGAUGUGCUUAAUAGUGCAAACCAAGCUUUUACACUUGAUAUGGGUUGCCGUCACAAUUUCUGAUAUAUAUUAAUAGCUAGAUGGAUUUAAUUGAUUGCUAGGCACUCCUUCAUGAACUACUUAUAGAAGGGUUAAAUUCA